CCGGCGAGAGUCUUCGGGGCAAGUGAUUCCCUGACUCCUAGGACUCCCAAGGGUGCACACUUGGGCGCAAGCCCAGGAAGUAAAUCCCGCUCCGGGGCUCGGGCAGCUCCAGGAGUCCGGGUCUUGGCGCCGCCCCACUCUUAGCUCCCAGCUCCCGUGCCUCUCUCGCUGCAGGGAGGGGCACCCGGGUCCUGGCGGGGACUGCGGCCGACAGCAGACUGGGGCCGGGAGCCAAAAGCAUCCUCCAGCUUCUCCAGCCCCACAGCCCGGGGGCAUCUCCUCUGCCCAGGGCAGCGAGGGGGCGGGGACCCAGAGCCCUCCCUGUAAUUCCUGCCCCGCCCGCAGGAGAGGAGGGGCUGCGGCUUGGCGGACCACUGAAGGCGCAGGAGCCGCUGCUGCUGUCUGGGGUGACCGAGACUUGGGUGCAGGAGGCUUCUCCAUCCAGCCCCACUGUAGCCUCUCUAGCUCCCGCUCCCUCUUCCUGCUAAAGGACUCGGAUCAGAUCUGGGCGGCUCUUCUUUCCCUGCAGGUGGGAGGACUCUCUAUCAAUCCCAACUUGCCUCAGUUGCAUUGAUGUAUCAGUUUUAAGGAUCCAUUAAGGUGGUAUGAUGGCCUGUGGACUGGGAACUCUGAAAACUACCUCACACUGCUGGUUUAAUCAUCCCCGAGACUGCUGAUGAUUUUCAAUGCACAGAGUACUGUGAACUACCCCAUGCUGGGGUUCAAAGUCUAGCCCAAGGCUUGGGUUAUUUGGUUAUCCUCGAAGUUCACCACAACCUUUUACAUCAAACCUGAUCUGCAAAAUGGAAUAAGGCUAAAAAAUUAAUCUUCUUGACUACAUUGGGAUGGUCUUUGGUGCUUGUGAAUAGAUUCUCACUGCAACCAUGAGUUCAGAGGAAAAGGGCAUAUCCCCUGCUCACAAAACCUCCACUCCAACUCAUAGAAGUGCCUCCUCUUCAUCAUCCUCCCAAAGGGAAAGUAGGCAGAGUGUCCACAUCUUAGAGAGGAAUGCUUCUACUGGCAAUGAGCCAUCUGCAAGCAGGCAGUUACUAGAAACUGAACCUGUCUCACUCUCUAAGGAGGCUGACAGCUGGGAAAUCAUAGAAGGCCUGAAAAUAGGCCAGACUAAUGUCCAGAAGCCAGACAAACAUGAAGGGUUUAUGCUGAAGAAGAGAAAAUGGCCUUUAAAAGGAUGGCACAAGCGGUUUUUUGUCCUGGAUAAUGGAAUGUUGAAGUAUUCAAAAGCACCACUUGAUAUUCAAAAAGGCAAGGUCCACGGGAGCAUCGAUGUUGGCUUAUCAGUUAUGUCAAUUAAAAAGAAAGCUCGAAGAAUAGAUCUGGACACCGAAGAACACAUCUAUCAUCUAAAGGUGAAAUCCCAGGACUGGUUUGACGGUUGGGUCUCCAAACUCCGCCAUCACCGAUUAUACCGUCAGAAUGAAAUUGUAAGAUCGCCGAGGGAUGCUAGCUUUCACAUAUUUCCUUCAACCUCCACGACAGAAUCUUCACCAGCUGCUAAUGUAGCAGUUAUGGAUGGGAAGGUACAACAAAACAGCUUCCCCUGGCAGCCACCUAUACCAUGCAGCAAUAGCCUUCCUGCAACAUGUACCACUGGCCAGAGUAAAGUAGCAGCUUGGUUACAGGACUCUGAAGAAAUGGACAGAUGUGCAGAAGAUCUUGCACACUGCCAAUCAAACCUUGUGGAACUUAGCAAGCUCCUUCAAAACCUAGAGAUACUGCAGAGAACUCAGUCAGCACCAAACUUCACUGAUAUGCAGGCUAACUGUGUAGAUAUUUCAAAGAAAGACAAGCGAGUCACAAGACGAUGGAGAACAAAAAGCGUCAGCAAAGAUGCAAAAAUACAACUUCAGGAAGGGCCACCUCCGAAGGGCCAAUUCAGCACCACACGGCGCCGGCAGAGGCUAGCAGCAGCAGUGGCUACAACAGUUCCUUUCAGUGCAACAAUGUCACCUGUAAGACUACAUUCCUCCAACCCCAACCUCUGUGCAGACAUUGAAUUUCAGACUCCCCCAAGUCACCUGGCUGACCCCUUGGAGACAUCCACAGAUUACACAAAGCUUCAAGAAGAAUUUUGUCUCAUUGCUCAGAAAGUGCAUUCCCUCUUGAAGUCUGCUUUUAACAGCAUAGCGAUUGAGAAAGAGAAGCUUAAACAGAUGGUUUCUGAACAGGAUCACAACCAAGGCCAUAACCCGCAGAUGGCCAGGCUCAGACAAUCGCUUUCUCAGAGUGAUGGAGCAAACAAAUCCUGGGCACUCAACCAAAAUGCUGAACUGCGGAGUCGCUUGAACCGAAUACAUUCAGAGUCUAUUAUUUGUGAUCAGGUUGUCAGUGUAAAUAUUAUCCCUAGCCCCGAUGAGCCUGGGGAGCAAAUCCAUGUCAGUCUCCCUCUGUCACAGCAAGCUGCUAAUGAGAGCCGCCUUUCUAUGUCUGAAUCUGUCUCAGAAUUCUUUGAUGCCCAGGAAGUGCUCCUCUCAGCUAGCUCAUCAGAAAAUGAGGCUUCAGACGAUGAGUCUUAUAUCAGUGAUGUGAGCGAUAAUAUAUCUGAAGACAAUACCAGUGUUGCAGACAACAUUUCCCGGCAAAUCCUUAAUGGAGAACUGACAGGAGGGGCGUUCCGAAAUGGGCGGCGAACUUGCCUCCCAGCUCCAUGUCCAGAUACUAGCAACAUUAAUCUGUGGAAUAUUUUGAGAAACAAUAUUGGCAAAGAUCUAUCUAAGGUCUCUAUGCCUGUGGAAUUGAAUGAACCCCUCAACACUCUGCAGCAUCUCUGUGAAGAAAUUGAAUAUAGUGAGCUCUUGGAUAAGGCUUCAGAAACUGAUGACCCAUAUGAACGCAUGGUCCUCAUUGCUGCAUUUGCAGUUUCAGGAUACUGCUCAACCUACUUCAGAGCAGGAAGUAAGCCAUUCAACCCUGUGCUUGGUGAGACGUACGAGUGCAUUCGAGAAGACAAGGGAUUCCGUUUUUUCUCAGAGCAGGUUAGCCACCAUCCACCCAUUUCUGCCUGCCAUUGUGAAUCAAAGAAUUUUGUGUUUUGGCAAGAUAUAAGAUGGAAAAACAAGUUCUGGGGGAAAUCCAUGGAAAUCCUACCUGUGGGAACAUUGAAUGUGAUGCUUCCAAAGUAUGGAGAUUACUACGUAUGGAACAAAGUCACUACGUGUAUCCACAACAUCCUCAGUGGAAGGAGAUGGAUAGAGCAUUAUGGAGAAAUCACUAUUAGAAAUACAAAGAGCAGUAUUUGUAUCUGUAAACUCACAUUUGUCAAGGUGAAUUAUUGGAAUUCUAAUGUAAAUGAAGUCCAAGGGGUUGUCAUGGAUCAGGAAGGAAAAGUGGUUCAUCGUCUCUUUGGAAAGUGGCAUGAAGGAUUAUACUGUGGAGUUGCACCAUCAGCAAAGUGCAUAUGGAGGCCCGGUUCCAUGCCAACCAAUUAUGAACUCUACUAUGGCUUUACAAGGUUCGCAAUAGAACUCAAUGAAUUAGAUCCCGUUCUGAAAGAUCUCCUUCCUCCAACAGAUGCUCGAUUCCGGCCAGAUCAAAGGUUUUUGGAAGAAGGAAAUUUAGAAGCAGCAGCUGCUGAAAAGCUAAGAGUAGAAGAACUCCAAAGAUCCCGAAGGCGAUACAUGGAAGAAAAUCACCUGGAACACAUACCAAAAUUUUUUAAAAAAGUCAUUGAUGCCAAUCAAAGAGAAGCAUGGGUUUCUAAUGACACCUAUUGGGAACUUCGAAAGGACCCUGGUUUUAGCAAAGUAGAAAGCCCCGUACUCUGGUAACCCAAGACUAUAGAUCCGAGUACACAUAUCACACUCUGAAUGAAUAAAUAACUAUGCACAAUGAUGUUUCUUAUAGCUAAGCGUGGUUUGUGGGUCUACAGAAAACUUACCAUUUGCUUUUCUAUUCAUCUUUAUAAUGGACUUUCAAAAGUGCAUUAGACCAGGCCCCUGACCACUUUGGGAUCCUUUCUGUUUUGCUGCAGCCAUACUCCUUAAAACGUCCUCACCCUCGACACACAGAAUAAAGGGAGCAGAUAAAAGUAAUCCAAAGUCUGAAGAGUUUGUAAAGGAAAAAUACUGUAACUGGUGCUUAAAGCCAACCUCGAGAGUUCAAAAUAAUAUGUAUAAAUGUAAAAAACACAAAUUUGGUCAUUCGCUUGGAAGAGCCAUGAUUAUAUGCUAUAAACUCCUGGGUCACAGCUGCGGGUCAGUUCAGGCUUGACAUUUGUCUGUCCUUUGAUGUGACAUGCUUGUGCUGGCCUUGUUAAAAACAAAAACAACAACAAAACACGAUGCUUUGGGAAACCUGUUCCAUCCAUACGCCAUUGUUCAUGCCUUAAGAAAUGUGAAGAUGUAAAAUAAAUCAUUUUAAAAUGUGUGCUCUUAGGCUGGUGUGAAGAACAGAUCUUUUUGAAGCAUGGUAUGGUUCCCAUUCUGGGGGUCAAAGAAAUCCCCAAAAUGAGCAUAAACGGGUAAUCACAUGGCAAGGAGAAGCAGCACUUUGGCUUUGAUAAGAUGGAUACUAGGAUUGGGAUCCAUCAGAAGAGAAAUAGAAGGCUGCAUCCAGUUUGCUAAUUAAGAAGUUCCUAUCCUAAAGUACCUUCCUUCACUGAGAAAUAAUUCCUGCUGGUCUUGAAAUCACAGUGAGCCCUUUUAGUGGAGAAAAUCUAAUUUGCAUACUUUGCAUCAGUGUUAAGGAAUCUUCGAAGGAGAACCUGAAGGACAUGAAGAGCCCUUCAGGGCUCAAUAGUACCAUAAUCUUAACUGUCAUUUUUAUGUAAGGCACAGAGGAGAUUUAAUUACAUAGAUUUAGAGCUGGGAUUUGUCAUCACUUUGCUUGCCAACCUCCUGACUUCCUUACCCAGGAUUCCUAGAUAAAUUUCAGUAGGGACGGGAAGAGGAACACUUAUUAGCAUUAAUAACUGCUCAUUUGUAUUGUCUAAGUGAGUUCUAUGCAAAACUGUGUUUUAUGUUUUCCAUUAAGUGAUUCUGAAUUUUUUCAGGGAGGAAACAAGAUUUUGGUUAGUAGCUUGCCAUUUAUUUGUCAAGCACUUCAAUGUUUUUGAGGAAUGGAUGAGGAAUUCAUUGCUUUACCCCAAAAGUGGCCAUACCUGUAUUCUGCAUCAUUUUGAACCUGUUUUUCCACUACCACGUAGAAGGGUUCUGCAGGCAAAUUGCAUCAGUAUUCAGUUUGUUUUGCAUGUAAAUGGCAAAAUUAACACCUGUAUGAAUAUCUCAAAAGAUUUUCUUACAGAAUGCCUACAUAUACACUCAUAUUUAUUCUUAGUUAGAGCCCUGUGUCUGGGCUACAGCUGUUAUCUUAAACUGAUAACAAGAUCAUUGAAGUUUUACUUCUUUAAUCACUCAUAGUGAUUUUAGUAUUUAUCACUCCCAACAACCAAAGCCAAGGUUUGAAGUCAAAAUGUAUAUUCCAUUCUUUAGAUAAUACCUGUAUUCAGAGUAAAAAAAAGAAAAUGCUCAUGAAAGCUUAGGUAAAAGUCAUAGAAUCAUUGGGUAACUAGUUGAGUCAAUAUGGUUAGGCAGGGCACAAAUUCAGGCUUUCUCUUUAAUAGGAAUGCAAAAAGGAAGAGGAAAGCUUUACAUUGGUUUGCAUAAGGGACACACCAUUCAUAUUAAAUUAACAAAUAACCAGAUUUUGGCAUCUCCCUUAACCACCCUAAUCUGUCUCCUUCCCACUUUUCCAGUUAUUCCCAUUCCAUAUCUGUGGGUGCUUCCUCCCACAAGAUUACAUGCCUUCUUCCAUGCUCAGCCCACUCCUUUGCUGUCCAUACAACUUUCUAAGGCGUGUGCUUAUAAACAAUCUUCUUGGCCUCUUCUCAUGAGAGCAGCUGCUGACCUGCUGCAAUUAGUGUGUGAAGCUUCUCUCUUUUGCCCUCAAGAGUACUUCCUUGAAGUAUCUCAUAACACAGCCCAAACAGAGGGGAAGUGUUCUACAAGGUAUGGGGUUAUUAAAAGCCCAGUAGUAAAAAAGAAAUAAAUGAAGAAGAUUGCUAGAGGAGGCAGGGAGGCAGUUUGGGAAGGAUAAGAAAGGUAAAUAAACACUUGCCAUAUUGCAGAAUUGAGUCAGAAAGAAUAACACUUCUACUGAUGGUGUAGAUCCUAAAAUGGGUAAAAGAUCAUCUGUAAGGAAGUGGAUUUUGAGUGAGAGAGAGAGAGAGUGAGUGUGUGUGUGUGUGUGUGUGUGUGUGUGUGUGUGUGUGUGUGAGCUAACAAUCCCAUUUUAGAGUUUACAUACCCACUGGACCUGAGUUACAUGACCAUGAACCAUGUCUUAUUUAGCAUCACAGUGCCCCCAGACAAUUCUCUAAAAUAAUUUACAAUUUACAUCAGUGGAAGGAGUUUCCAUGUUGGAUAUGCUACACACUGAUAAGAUCCCAAGUCUGGACCUUCUCCCAUGCCCUUUAAAAAAAAAACACCUAAAAUCCUAUAUGACUUAAUUUUUUAGGUGGAAAUCUCCUGAUUAAACUACCAUUUGAAAAUGUUCAAUAAAGCUUUUUAGAAAAUAUUACAUUGAAUAUUAUAAAAGCUAGAAUUUGUAUGUGCAUUUGUACUUCCCAUUGGCUCAUUUCUAAUAUAUUAGUUGUGUAGUAUUUAAAUGACUGGUAUUGUUUCUCUUCAGAUUUCUGCUCACAGUCGUGUAACUAAGACUAUUUCUAACAACAGAAAUGUAGAAUAAUAUAGGACAGUUUUUUGAUAAAACUUAAAUGGGUUUUUGGAGUCAUUAGCACUCUAUAUGCCUAUUUUAUUUCUAAAAGGCCUCUGUCCACACAAACUGGGAUUUCCAAUAGUGUUGUGUUUCCCCAGAGAUUUGUGCACCACCUUUGCUUUCAUUAUUUUUAGCCAUUAGGGAGAGCAACAAUAAAUGAUUAUGACCUUGUGCCUGUGGAUGUGCAAAAUGGAUCAGUGGUACAGCCCAGCAAGGAAGCAGUGACAGAAACAAAUUAUUUUGUUGCAUGAAUAUUGCUGCCUAGCGUGUGAAUUUGCUCUCUAAUAACCCAGUUUUUUAAAGACAUUUUUCAUUAAAAAGAGUGUAUUUCCACAGUUUGAAAAAUGCAUUCCCUAUUUAGAAUUUCCAUAUCAAUUAUGAAUAAAUGAACAAAGUCAUUAUUAAGACUUUAUAAUGUGCAAUGCAUUGGGUAUACAAAUAGAAAAACAAGACAAUCCCUGAUCAGAAAGAGUUCAUUUCCUCUUACAGAAAGACAACACAUAGAAAAGGGGAGAUGGAAGGGUCCAUUGAGCCUUAGGGUACAGUUACAAGGCAGAUGAUGCAACUUCUUUAAUCAAGCUCUGAUUUUAUAAACAUAAUUUAAAAUAGCACUCUAGAUCUUUAUAUAAUGAAAGAGCUUUCCUUUCCAAAACCCAUUAUCAUCACUUAAGAGAUCAAGUACAAAGGGUAAUUAUCCAAUUCUUGAAUUCUCAGACAUGUCUUUCUCAUCAUUCUUCUAACUUCUUCCUGUCUCUUAGAUAUUUCACCAAAUUGUUUGCUUCUCCACCAAGAAAUGGUUGGAAAAAAUCAAGACAAAAACUAAAAUCAAUUCAUUUUGUUUAGCAAGCCAAUUAAAUUUAGAGCUGGUAAGAAGUAGGGGUAAUAUUUGUCUAGCUAAAAGGUAGUUGAUAUGGCCAUCACAAUACGGAUUUUAAUUGUCCAUUCUUUGCCAAUCCCCUGCCUUCACAGAUAAAAUGAUGAUGGGGUAAAUGAUUGGCACAAAGUAGGGGAUUCAAAUAAGAGCAAGUUAUUAAGGUAGUCCAGCCUGUGUACAAAAGUGAAGUCAUUUUCCAAGGAACCAUUAGGUUAAAGGUUUAUAAAAAAUCACAUCUAUGUUCAGACCCUCUAAUGACACAAUCUGGAAUCUGUUUUCAUGCAUUAGUGAUUUUCUAGUUGAAAAGGUCACCCUUGGAUUUAAGACUUCAGAACAGGCCCAGGGCUUCGGAAAUGCACUGCUUAAGCAAGACUAGCAUCCCACCCUUGUAAAUUCUUUUUUGUUGAAUUCCUUUUAUAAUUAUCAACGAACAAUUCAAGCACCUUGGCGUGUUUGCACCCAUGUUUAAUCUAUAUUAUAUUAUUCUAUUUCUGAUGCAAAACUUGAAGAACUUGUUCAGCCCCAGACCUUUUGUCAGUAGAUCCAUUUAGAGGAAAUGACAAAAUAUAUCAUUCCCUCUAGGAAAGGUGAUAUUGACUCUUCUACAUAGAGGCUUAAUAGUAUAAAGAGAGAAUCCCUUAUUCAAGAUAGCAAGAUAAAAGCAAUAUAUCCAAAAUUUUAAGCACAUGCUCCCCAAAUGAAUAAACCACUUAAAUUUGGUUUAUAGCUAAAUGCAGUUAUUCCUCAAUAUUCUAUUCUACAUCCUCUUAUCUUUCAAAGCAAUGAAUUGAUUUGCAUUCCCUCCAGUUCUUGAACUGUCAUUCAAGAGACAGAGAUGUGCUUAGACAUCUCUUUUAUUUGUUCAUUUUUUGUAGGUUUGGAUAUGACAUUCUGCUUUUGUAAAAUAUGCAAUAUUUAUGCAUGCCUGUAGGUUUAAAAAGAAACACUGCAACUAUUACAAAGAGACUCUUCAUGGACUAAAAACAAUGCAGUGCAGUUCUAGAGUUCUUGUUACCUCAGUGUUUUCAAAUAUAGAGCACCUGGUAGAUUUUAUGACUUGUUUUCUGCAGAUUUUUUUUCUGUAAUGUGAAAUGUGUAUAUUCAUCUUUCCAUUCUGUCCCCCUCACCUCCAUUUUCCAUUGACUGUGUUUGUAUGGAGAUGAGACAGCGAAAGAGAAUUGAAGCCAGUUUGAGGUCUCAAGAAAAAAAGAUAUAAUCCAAUUUUCAUAUUGCCUAUUUCUUCACAUACUUCUUAGCCACUGUAAUGAGCAGACGAACUUCUCAGCACUGUUUAAAUCUUUCUUCUGUUACUGUAGAUUUCCUCUCUUCUCCUCUAUUAUACUUUAUGUCUUCUCUCAUCCCCAUAAGUCUUCAAUACUUAAAAUAAUGUCCUAGAAAAAAAUAAGCUACUUAUUUUAAGAAGGUUACAUCAUAGUUCUUGAAGGUCAUUGUUAUGUGUGAAUAAACAAAGUCUUUCAAAACCUCCUUUACAAAUACACAUGCCACCACUCAUGCCACUGAUAGACAUCAGUGCUAGCAAAGGUGGCCCAACAGAACUUGAACAAUAUACUAUCUAAAUAUUAAAUUUCGCAGUCUUAAAGAAACAAACCCUCAUUUCAAAAUGACUGUGUCCAUGAAAUUCUAUCCUUCUGGAAUUCAAACUGGUUGCAACACUGAUGAAAGUGUGUUAACUGGGUAUUUAUUUUCCUCUUGUAGUAAAAUAGUCACUGAAAGAGCAUUGCGAAUUCAGAAUUCUUGCUCUUGAGACCCUGUGGUUUUGAUUUUUAAUAAUGAUUAUUGGGGAGUGUCUGUGUCUCUAAGACUUUGUUUUUCUUACAAGACAUGUUUGUCAUCAGCUUUACUCAAUGAGAUUUUGCUGCCUGUCUGCUGUGUUCUGAAUUUAUUCUGUAUCUGGGAAAAAAUGAGGUUAAAACUAAUUUUUGGCUGGAAAUGGGCACAAUUGGCAGUGCAUGGAUCUGAGUCAGUCCCCUUAAUGUGGGGUCUGAGUUUCCAGUGGCCUGUCUUCCUGACAAUUUCCAGUCACUUAGUCAAAAACACAAUACUCACCUCCAAGAGCUUACUAUAUUCUGUAACCAAAUGACAAGUAUUCAAUAUAAUGAAUUUUAAAUGAAUUUAAUAAUGAAGAGAAAGGAUAUGAAAAGCUAUGAAAGUCAAAAAUUAGCCAGGGAAAAAUUAUGUAUGAAGGGAUGCAUUUGGCACUUACCAGUGAGGGAAGUAUGGGAAAUACUGUUUUAUAGCCCCAACUCUUAUCUUCUCCCCAGUCUCAAGCUCAGCCAUCUUUGGUUCACUGACCAUCAGGGAAAGAGCAUUAUGCCUACUAUUACUACAGAGGGUUCUAGGGCAAAUCUGGAAACUGGUUGUCAGUAUUAUCUAAAAGUGUUUUUUUUUUAAUUAAAUGAAAUUAUGUACAUAGCUGAGAAUACUGUAAAGAAUCAGUUAUGGUCCCCUCCAGGAAAUAGAUAACCAUUGUAGAGGAGUCCAUCAUCCCAAGAAAUGCCAAAAGCUUUUUCCUCCUAGUUAGAUCAUUUCCCCACUGGCUGUACCAUCCAGGUGCAAGAACUUCUCAUUGAAUGCUUGUGUCGCAGAUAAAGAAUGGCUCAAAUCACAAAUCUAGAGUGAGCUGUGGGCUAACAGAACUUCCUAGAACUCUAAAGUUCCAGCUCCAGCCUUCUCUUCUCUGCAUUUUUUUUUUCCUGUUCCUCUUCUAUCUUGAUAGGAGAGAUUUGUAGUGGGCUCCAAGAGGGGUGGGUAGCCUUCUCUGAAACUAUGGAGCAGGCAGGUCCAUUCACAAUGGUUUAAGGCACAGAUAGGUAACUUCAUAAAGAAGCUAUAUCAUCAGAUCUUCACCCAGGUGGGCUACUUCCCUGAAAGUAUAGUGGAAACAAGAGUUUACCUGAAACAGGUCCACUGCAAAGUUACUCAGUUUAUUAACACGGGUGCGAAAUGUCUGGAAGGCAAUAAUCGUGGGUAGUUUGGUUUGCAUUUAUUGUGAUUCUGAGAUGGAAAAUCAGAGCCAAUCUUAAAAUGAGGUAUGGGAUUCUAACCUAAAAUGAGGUCUGGUAUUUCAAGGAGCUUUUUUUAAAAAAGGAAAAAGCCCAUAAUGAAAUUUCCUAAGACUAUUUAUUCGCUGCAAAAAUGUCUAAAUUGUGCCACCUCAAAACAGGAAUUGUGCCUCUUUAAUGAAUGUUGUAUAUAUGAGAAUGUUACAUUUGUAAGAGCACAGGAAAAUCAAUAAAUUUUAAAUGAAUUAACUAUCAAAA